GAGAGAGAUGUGAUACGUACAGUUGUGUCGCGAACUCGCUUUCGACGAGUCUUUGCGCGUUGUUUUCGCAGAAGCCCGCCAAAAUUUCGGUGCUUAAUCAUCAAAUAACCGUACCGAAACGAAUGAAUACCGUCGUAAAAUCUCGCAAAAUAGUGUCGUUUAUAACAAGAACCCAUCAUCAUUUCAAUCUCAUACGAAUGUGAACGUCGGCGUAGAAUUUUUUUUUUCACCAAUAGAAAAUGCCUCGUCUCAAGAAAUUCAUACUCCAGUUAUACCUUUCGUUGAAUAUAGCUUUUCGUAUCGGAUAUUGUCGAGAAGGAUUGAAAUAUGGCAAACGUAUCGGUGAUUUUCGAGCGUAUGCUCAUGGAGUACGAGGCACUGUUUACGCUGUAGACGAAUCGACCUUUUACGUUCAUAAAUUUUAUUACGACGGUACCGGGCCAGCUGCAUACUUUUGGGUAGGAAACACGCUUAGACCAUCGCCGGAAGGAAUUAUCGUACCGUAUCCAGAUGAUAAUAAAGGAAGGGAACCUGCCGUUUUAAAAGCUCACGAAGGUUCGGCGAUUAUUCUAAAAUUACCAGACGGAAGGAAAAUAAAAGAGUUCAAAUGGUUAUCUGUGUGGUGUCGUCGAUUCACGGUGAACUUUGGUGAAGUAUUCAUACCGAAGGACUUAGAUCCUCCUAGACCACGCGUAUUACCAGAAUUCAAAAGAUUCGCCCACGGAGUACGUUCGGGAAAUGUAACCAUUCUAGACGCGAAAACAUUUUACAUUCCGAACCUGCACUACGAUGGUAAAGGACCUGAUACUUAUUUCUUGGUCGGAAACGGUUCCGAACCAUCGUCUCAAGGAAUUAAAGUACCAAACGAACUCGGAAGCCUUGAACCGUUAAAAAGACCUUACCAAGGAGAAGAUAUCGAAUUACAGUUGCCAAAUGACUUAACAGUGUACGACAUCGAUUGGUUAGCGAUAUAUUGCAUCAAAUACACUCAUAAUUUUGGCCACGUCAUGGUACCGAAGGAUUUAGAAGUGCCACCUAGCUUGGGCCAGACGAAAAUUUCUCCUCCUUGGUGGUAUAAUCCGACGAGUAGUACGACAACAAAUCCAGACAAGCGAAAAGAGAUGAGCAACUGUAGAGAAAUGCUAUCAGAACGGUUACAAGUGCAAUGGCAGGUUCGCGAGGAUCGAUUACAAGUCAGGUUAUCAUCGGCAAUCAGGAUCGAUCAAUAUAUCGCAUUCGGAAUCAGUGGAGAUCCUAACAAGUCAUCGAUGAUUGGUAGCGACGUUGUUGUAGCUUUUUACGAUGAGAAUAGUGGUAAAUUCCACGCCGAAGAUUACUAUAUUUCGGCUUCGAGUCCCUGCGAUGGUAAAAGUGGUGUUUGCCCCGACGAAGUGAUCAACGGCAGAAACGACGUGAAACUAAUUUACGGCGAAAGAAGACACGGUAUCACGACUGUAAUUUACGAACGAAUAUUACAUACCAACGAGGCGUUAACAGAUAAGCCUAUUUUAAUGGGCGUCAAGACCAAUGUAAUCGCUGCCAUCGGACCUUUAAACGCUAGAAGUGAACCGAACGCACAUGCUUUGGCUGAUAAGACUAUAGAAAAUACGUUUCUCGAUUUUGGAUCGAUCGGUGAUUUUGCCUGUUCACCUAUUGAAUCUGAUGACGAUACGCCUAGAAAACCGUGGCCCAGAAGUGUCAUCAGGAAUGCGAAUGUGUUCUCUGUGAUAAUAGGUCCUAGUGGAGGUAGAAAAGGAUUUUCAGCUAUGACCAAAAAACCAUCUUUGGGUAUUGCUUGGUACAUAAAUGGUAAAUUGAUGCCAGAAUUGCACGUCGAGAGGGGCAAAACGUAUACUUUCAUCGUAGAAGGAGGAAAUAUACCAGGAAAUGACUUACAGUAUCAUCCAUUUUAUAUCACCGAUAACGCGGAAGGAGCUUUUGGACAAAAAUCCGAAGAAGAACAAAAAGAUCAACGCAUUUUCGGCGGUAUAAGCUACGACAGCGAAGGGAAUCCACUACCAAAUACAGCUGGAAGAUAUUGCGAAUGGGCUUACAAAACGACAGAUCAAACGACACUAUACGAUACCUUCGAACAAUUCUUUAAAACUUUGGAAUUACGAUGCGAUCCCGGCGAACCAGCGUAUUUAAAUUGGACCGUUGAUUACGAAACGCCCAACUUAUUAUAUUAUCAGUGCUACGUUCACGGUUACAUGGGCUGGAAAAUAUACGUCGAAGAUCCCACCGUGCCUACGGUGAAAAAGAACAAAAAUCACGCCAAUGUGAUUAGCAACGAAUGGACAAUAAAUAUUACACUUAUUUUAUACUUUUUUUCGUACAAAUUUAUCAAUUUUUUACUCUAAAAAUAUGUGUUCAAUGAUAUUAUGUCGAUGUCGCGCGCGUAAAAUUUAUCUAACCGUAAACAUGGUCAAUUUUAAUUCUAUAUAAAAUAACGGGCAAUUUUAUCAAUUAGUUUGUGAAAAUAUUGAAUAUUGACAUUUUUAAUAUUUAGUAGUUAAACAAGUUCUUGUUUUAAUAACCAUGACAUAUAUUUUUUCCUCUCUUUAGUAAGUAUUUACAAUAUCAUUGGAUACAUAUCGACCUGCUACGUAAAUAUUUUCAACGUUUGUAGAUCGCUUUUGAAAAGUGAUUCUUAUACAACUUGGACAAUAAUUUUUUGUGAUUUGUAUAGGUUCGUUAUUUAUUUUAUUUUUUUUCCCGUUUUGUAAUUUUAUUUGUAUAUAUUUUAUAUAUUUUUUUUGGAAGUGUUUCAUCGAAUUUUUCUGAAAAUGUUAGUGCUUGUUUUUUUGGUAGAAACAUUUUUUUUGACUUAUCUAAUAAUGAUUCGUGGGCAAUUUCGUUUAUAAUAUUACUGAAAUGAACUACAGAUAUACUUUGGGGAAAUAAAUACCCUCUUCUUUUUUCUACUCUCUGAAAUUCCUAUUUCAAUUCGAUGAAACGCUUCAUCGCCCAAGGCAAAUUUUAUCUUAGGGUAAUUAUAAAAGCUUUUCAUACUUGUUUUCUUUGAACUGUUUCAUUAUUUUGAAUUUAACUUGAUAAAGGAAUAUUUUCAAGUUUACAUUAUUUUCCUCCUUCUUUAUGAGAAUGUUUAUUUCAUUUUUUGAAUUCGUUUAUUUUUAUUGUUAUUAUUAUCCUGUUUUUUCUCUUUGUAUUCGAAUAGUUACUAACUAAGUUACAGUAUGAAUAAUUAAUUUUUUUUUUGUUAAAAAAAUACUUAUACCUAUUUGUAAAGUAUUGACUCUUGAAACGACGACAAUAAUUUUGAAUUCGUAACAUCAAGACCAUAUUUUUUUGCUCAAUACUCACACCUUUCUUUUAAGAAAAAAGGAAGAAACAAAAAGACCUAUAUAAUUGGACAAUAAUUUUUAUAUUUACCAAAUUAUUUAUUACCUACUUAUGUAAUUACCAAAGAAAAUUCUAAGUCAGUAAAUUUAAUAAUUUUAGUUUUAUCGUAGUGAAUUGUGCCAGAAAGGUUUUGUUUUUCUUAUACUUAUAUGUUUUUAUUAGAUAAUAAUUUUAUGCUUUAGAAUUUCGACAUGGAUAUGUUUUUGCGGAGCUGACUUUUUGAAAACGAAAAAAAAAUCAGUUGAGUUUCUAACUUUAAGUUUGCCAGAUUUUUUAAAAUUUGGAAGAAAAUUGAUUGGCUCUCAGAGAUGCUGAUUUUUGAAAACUUGACUGAAAAAUACAUUUUUUGACUUUCUGACAUUAUGCCAGACUUUGAAAAACGAAAGAAAAUUGAUCAAUCGAUGUGAGAUUGACUUUUGAAAACUUGGAAAAAAGAACCUGUUAAUUUUCUGACGUUAUGUCGGACCUGAGAAGAUAAAUUAAUGAAUUAGUAAAAUUAUGUCUUCCAAAUUUUCAAAAAUUACUUUCUAAUAUUUUGUCAGACUUUUUUAAAAUUCGGAAUCAGGUACAAAAGUUGAAUUAACUUGAGCAAAAAAAACAUAUCCAUGAUUUAAAACUUUCCUUUGAGAGGAGUCUUUACACCCAUUUUUUUCAAUGUUUUUUUUCCUUGUUAAUUUUACAAAAAAAAAAAAAAAAUAGAUACCUGAUUGUAUGUUCUGAUACAAAAAAUGUAAAUCAAUACCUAACUGAGUCACGAGAGCUAAUUAGUGAUUUUUAAAUGAAUGUCAGAUAUUAUUGAAAGUAAUUACUUUUUUUUGAGGGGGGGGGGGGAAUUCACCUACUCGAAUGCAUGAAUAUUUUGUGACUUGUGACAUUAGAAGGAUACGUAAAAAGGAUGGGAGGAAGGUAAAGUGAAAAAAUAGCUUAAAUAGUCAAGAAUAUUGAGUGACUUUUUAAAAAAAUAGGUAUUCAACUACAAUAUUUUAAAAAGUAGAGCAUUGUUCUUGUUUUCUUUUCCAAACAGACCAUUGUAAAGGAUGUAAACGUUAUUAGCCGAAUGAUGUAAAAGAAAGGAAAGGAGAACACAUCACAAAA